CUUGCAGAAGGGACUUGCCAAAGGAUGUCGGGAAUGCUGUGCAGGGAAGAUGGACGCGUCCUCGCCGGCGCAACGGCGCUACAAUGCCAUGCCCAGAAACGCGCGAGGUGCAUCGCCGGGAUUUGCAGCUCUGUCAAGUCUAGCAGCGCCGUAUAUAUGUCAAAGUCAUUUAGGCGCGGCCAGCGAGGCCUAUGGCGUUGCAACAGCGGGGAGCGACCUGCGCUAUGCCGCGACGUGAAGCAGCUGUGGUCGUUAGCGUGCACGAUUUGUUGUUAUGACGUGUAUAUAUAACAAAACGUAUUGUGAAGUAUAUCGCGGUGUCUAUGUCGCCGCGGCAAGGGAAUGCGAUGUGGCGUUGCUGAGGACGCGAUGAAGGCAGGUUCCGCUCGUUAGCCCCCGACACGAACGAUAUUGGGCAUUAUGAACAUUUAGCCGCAUUGUAUGUAUUUGCAGUGACACAACGGUGCGCGCGACGGCAUGCACUGAAGUCGUUUUCCUCGGGGACGCCGUUUCGCAGGCUCUCUUUGCUCGCAUGAGCCUUUGGUAUUAUGAGGAACAUUACGGAAAUGCGCGCGGGCGCUACAGGCGCUGGAACCUGGGGCUACACCGUGCCGAGACCACGGGUCACUGCGAUCUUAGGAUUGGGUACAGAUGGUUUACUGAUGGGCGUCUUAACAAUAGGUGAGCUUGUGGUACCGCGGUUGUGUGUUUCCUCAAAGGUUACUAGUUACGUGGUGGGUGCGCCCCAUUGCCGCAGUAACCCCGGUUGGGCUGCGAUGGUUCUACGCUCGUAUGCCCGACGGGUCUAAGCUUCAAUGUGUCGGCCGCAACAGUCCUUAACUGAACUCUGAUACUAACUCCUGUCUCAGUGUCUCUGGCUUUUUGCGAGCCCUUGUAAUGAACAGUGUGC